AUGGAAUCAUCACUUAUAUAUGUUAUGCUUUUGCUUUUGAAUAUAUUUGAAUUUUCAUCAGGAAUAAUACAUAAUACGGGUAAGGAGCGAGCUUACUUUUCUUGUUCCGGUGAUGGGAUCCUCACAGGCCUGCAUACAAUCAAGUUGUUCCUUACCACUGACAAUUUGAAAGUCUACUGCUUCUUCCGAAAUGAAAACGAAAGUCCUUCAAGGGAAAUUUUGGGUCUUUUUACAUCAGGAGGCCUUGCUCCCAACAUGAUAAUUAUGAACAGUACAUACUACGGUGGCUACAAUUUUAAAUUAUCUCCGUUCAGCAAUCGGCUUGAGUGGAUAAUUGAUAUUCCUAGAGAAAACAUCACAGUAAACACAGACAUUGCAGCUGUAGAACAAUGGUUGAUAAAGAUCACAAUGCAUGAAGGAUUAAACAUUUAUGAUACUGAAGGGACCUUAUUGGAUCUUGUCCGAGAGCCUAUUCUUCAGUGGAAUCUUGGACGUAUACUUACAGAAAUGGAGGUCAAGAAUUUACAAUUAGAUGUGGAAGAUAUCAAAGUGGCAAAGAGCCCCUGUGCCAAUGAUGUGGCUUUAAUAGGCCUUUCUAUGAAACCAUCAUCUAAUGGUGUUUUCAUAGGCAAAACCAUUUCUGGAUUUUGGACCUAUGAGGAAUGCAUAUGGUAUGACCUGACAGAGAUCAUCUAUGCAGAACUUAAUGAUGAACACCAAGGACUCACAGUGAUAGAUUUGGUUUUAACAAAUCAUUUUUUAGUCAUUCUCACCUCGUUGGGUCUUUAUGUAAGUAGUGAUCUUCGCUAUCCAACCACUUCACAGAUAAAGCUUUCAAGAGCAGAGUUCUGUGGAUUUGAAAGGGUUGACUAUAUCAAAGGAAAUCUGUGGUAUAAUGAAAAAUGUUUUGCAAACAGAGAAACUUUUGAAGUUGAUUAUGUUACUAUCACUUUCAACAGAAACAGGACCCUCAGUGAGUCCAGUUCCUGUUUUUUCAGUAAAGAACCAUUUAUUCAAUGGUUACCUUGCUUAUAUUCUACUUAUAAAAAUGAAAGAUCCAUUCCACAUGUGAUAACAUUUCUUAUUGACCAAGAAACUGACAGUGGAAUUUAUCUCUUGCAUAUGAAAGAUACCAAACAGACCUUUGUCAGUGUAUCCAUGCUCAAGGAUGGGAAACCAAGUCCUCGACCAAAAUUUCCUAGUUUCCAAUUUCCUUCCACAUUCAUUCUUCCACUUGGAAUGGUGUUCCAUCCCAGAAGCCACUUUCUCUAUAUUUAUGGCAAUCAGAUAUGGGUUUCAAUGGAUGGUGGCAAUACUUUUGAAAUGAUAUGUAAUUUAUUCUCACACCAUGCAAGAAAGUCUUCUCAUAGCUUUUAUACUUCAGAUAUUGUUUUUAUGGUAGAAGAUGGAAGGAUUUUGAUGACAAAAGCAGGAUUACUUAAUUAUGGAGAAUUGGGGGUAUUUAAAGAUAAAGUUUACACAUUGUACUAUGAUCAUUUGGGAUACAUACACAAACUGACUCCGCAGACCUUUGAUGCUGGUUCAGAACUUUUAGGGCAUGGAAGUUCUAGCAGUAUUUUUGGACGGAGGCCUGAUUUGGGAUUUGAAACUGCAUUAGUCCCACAAUUUAUCUCUUCCCAAGAAAUGUAUUUAUUUGCAUAUGUACCUCUGUCUUUUCCUGUAAAAAUUCGGUGGCAAAAGAGAUUUAAAAGAGUCCAUUUAAAGAAAACAAUAGAGCUCAGUACAACUGGAGUUUCUUAUAUCAGAAAUGUAUAUAUGCAUACAACUAAGCCUACAGGAUUUGAGUCAUCUAUUCACGCAGAAAUAAUAGAACCUUUUGGGAUAGAGGACUCAAAAGAAAGCCCUUGUUUACUUAGCGAUCUUGAAAUUAAAUAUUCUGGAAACAUAUCCUACACACUCAAUCUUCAAUCAAAUGAUCCCCAGAUUCUAUUUAAACCUACAGAUUUAGAAAAGUCUGUGGUAAUACCUGGCCAUAGCAGCUUCCUGAUUAUAGAAAUUAAAGGUCAACGGACUGCUUCUGCCUUAGCUACUAUGCCUCAAUCAAUCAAUUCAACACUGAAGUUUACAACAGGCUCUUGGUUCUUAUACAACUUUGGCACAGUUGGAGGACGACGGGCUUGGACCAUAAGUUUAAGACCAUGUAAUUAUUGGAUUCAUUCAGAUGCUCUUGAUUUUAUGUCCCUUAAUCUUGUGAAGUAUAUUGAUGUAGGAAACAAAGUAGAUUUUCAAUUUAAAAUUAUCCCAAAAGCUAUGACAACCUUUCCUAUCCCUCCAGUCACUAUACUGGUUGGAAACCCUGCGUUGGUGGAAGUUAAGGCAGAAGGUGUUUUCGACCUCACUCAAAAUUAUCAUCUAAAUAUUCACGUAGCUGGCAAAUUUUUUCAAAAAGGCUCUACUUCAUUAGCACUGACUACUUGGGAGAGUGCACUUUCAUGCUUCGCUGUUACACUGCUGCCAACCAUAAAGAGCAGCUGCAGUUACCUCAGGACUAUGCACCACUCUCCUGGCAGGCACGUACCAAUUGAAGACUGGAUUAGUGGAGUUCACAUGGACAGUCAGGGUUUCAAUAUGAUCAAAACUCUGCCGAUAAACUACAGACCUCCGUCUAAUAUGGGAAUUUCUAUUCCACUCACAGAUAAUUUUUAUCAUGCAGACCCUAGCAAACCCAUACCAAGAAAUCAGUUUCACAAAUCAAAGGAAACUGGCAAAUACAAACAGUGUGCUAAUGUUACUAGUCGGGCAAUGUGCAACUGCUCAGAACAUCAAAAGUUUUCACAUGCUGUUGCUUAUUCAGAUUGCAAAGAAAAGGUUCAUCGUUUCAAGUUUCCAGUCACACAAUACCCAGUUGUUUUGGAAAUCUUCAAUGAAAGAGAUAAAGUCUCUGCAGAACCUCCAUAUUUAGUUACCAUGACUGAAGUGAAUAUGAGGAAAAACUGGCAACUAAUACACCAUGAGCCAGAAAAUGUUAAGAAAAUGAAGAAUUACUUAGAGCCGCUGCUUAAGACUCCAGUGUAUAAUCCUUUAGGUCUCAACCUAACCAUAAAGGGCUCUGAACUGUUUCACUUCAAGGUGUCUGUGGUACCUGGAGUCAGUUUUUGUGACCUAAAUGAAGAAUUUCAGAUUUAUGUUGAUGAAGUACCAUUGCCGUUUCCAGGACAUGCACUAAUAGCUGUUGCGACAUCUGUAGUUCUGGGGGGAUUAAUUUUUGUAGCAUUUGUGUUCCAACUGCGUAACAUCCACCCACUGAGAACAUUGAAGGGAUUUAUGAAGGGAAAUCCUGCUCUCACCUCAACUACAACUGUCAACUCAUAA